AUGAUGAUCCAGCAAGGCGAGCCUUCUGGAGCAAGAAAGCUCUCGGGCUACCUCCGAAAGGUGGGGGGGAAUCCAAGCUGGUCUGGGAAAUACCAGGGGCCACGUGUUCAGUCCUCGCCAGUGUAUUCUCUAGUAACAGGGCCUGAUUCUUCGCCACUUCGCGGACUUGAAUGUCGCGCGCGCACCAAGAGCUUCGAUAGAGAUAGCACUGCUGCUACUGCUGCUGCUGCCACAUCCGCGGGGGCUACUGCGGUGCUCGAGCAGGAGGUGCUUUUUGAGACGUCCCAAAAGGUGCUCCAGCAGCAGGACGUGCCGCGGCAGCAGCAGCAGGAGGAGGGGCGGGCGUGCGGGGUGGGCAUCCUGCCGUUCCUAGAGGGAAAGCACGUGCUCAUCACGGGCGCGACGGGCUUCAUUGGGAAAGGUGCGGCUUCUGGUGGUCACGGUGUGGUCACGGGCUUCAUUGGGGUGCUUGCUCGUGUGUUGGUGGAGAAGAUACUGCGCGAGCAGCCGCGCGUGGGGCAGCUGUAUCUUCUCAUCCAACCCACAGCCCGCGCCACCGCAGCGCAUCGCCUCACGCAACAGCACACAACAUAUCCCUCCCUCUCCUCCUGCAUUCCCCCUACCCAGGUCGUCCCGUCGCCCGUGUUCUCGCUGCUGCGCGAGCGGCAUGGGGAGGGGUACGGGGCGUUCAUGGCGGGCAAGCUGACGGCCGUGCAGGGCAACGUGGGGGAGGACGGGCUGGGACUGGCUGCCCACGCCGCUGCUGCUCUGCAUGACUCGGUCGAUCUGAUCUUCAACUUCGCCGCCACCGUUGACUUUGAAGCCGAGUAUGACGUGGCACUCAAUAUCAACACCAUGGGCCCGCGGCGGGUGCUAGCCUUCGCCAAGAAGUGCCGGAGGCUUCAAUUGCUGGUGCACGUGUCCACUGCCUAUGUGAACGGGCAGCGCGAGGGGAGAUGCAUGGAGCGCCCCUUCUCUCCGGGCGACAGCAUUGCUGCUGAGAUGCUCGCCUGCUCUCCCACCCCCUCCGCCACCACUGCUGUCGCUGCUGCUGCUGCUGCUGUUGCUGCUACUUCCCCUGCUGCUGCUGCUGCUGCUUCUUCUGCUGCAGCUGCUGAUUUUGCUGCUGCUGCUGCUGCUGCUGCUACGGCUGCCACCACUGCUGCUGCCGCUGCUGCCACGUCCCCUGCGGCGACCUCGCAAGUCCCUGUGCUGGACCUGGAUGAGGAGGUCGCACUGGCGUUGAGGGAGCGAGCGGCGGUGGAGGCAGGGGCCAAGGCGAGAGGGGCGAGUGCAGAGGAAGUGGCAGCGGCGGUGGAGGCGCACAUGUCCGCCCUGGGUGCCGACAGGGCGCGUACCUUUGGGUGGCAGGACGCGUACACGCUGUGCAAGGCAAUGGGGGAGAUGGCGCUGGUGGAGCAGCAAGAGGGGGCGGAAGGGGAGGGGGAGGUGGGGGGGAAGGCUGGGGGAGAAGCGCGUGUGCCGGUGGUGGUGGUGCGGCCCAGCAUAGUGGAGAGUGCACUACACGAGCCCAUGCCUGGAUGGAUCGAAGGCUUUCGGUGA